CACAUGCAAGCCUCAAUAAGACAUAAAGCCACUGAACCCCUCAUCUGCUCAUCGCAUAUUUAUCUCACUUCGCAUCGUCACAGUUCACUCCAUAAUUCCUAAUUGAUAAACAUCUAGAAACCAACACUCUAGAGUAAAACAUACAAACGUCUGGUUAAACAUGGCCUCCAAGUCAUUCUACGCGAUCAUCUCCGGAGCGGGUUCCGGCACUGGCCGCGCAGCAGCCGUCCGUUUCGCAAAGGCGUACCCAGUCGUGCUUCUCGCCCGCAAGCCAGAGAGCUACAACGCCAUCGUGGACGAGAUCAAGCAGGCUGGCGGCCAAGCCUUCGGCAUCACGGCCGAUGCAACAGACGAGGCCGCGGUCAACGCCGCUUUUGAGACGAUCAAGAAGGAGCUCCCCGGAAGCAAGCUCGCCGCCGCCAUCUACAAUGUCAACGCCGGCUUUUCCCGCAAGCCGUUCCUCGAGCUUAAGCGGGAGGAGCUUGAUGUCAGUCUUGACGCCGCGCCUAAGGGGUUCUUCACAUUCGCGCAAAAGACGCUUCCCCUGUUGCUCGAGUCGGUGUCCGACUCCCCACACCCGCCGUCUUUGAUCAUCACUGGAGCCACAGCAUCCAUCAAAGGCAGCGCGUUGUUUGGAGGUUUUGCGGCAGGCAAGUUCGCCCUCCGCGCCCUAGGCCAAUCUCUAGCACGCGAGUUCGGUCCGAAGGGGGUCCAUGUGGCACACGCCAUCAUCGAUGGAGGCAUCGAUACCCCGUGGGGUAAGGCCUAUGCUGCCAACGAUGGCGCAGAAGACGGCAAGAUUUCACCGGACGCUAUUGCUGAUGCCUACUGGUACUUGCACACGCAACACCGCUCCGCGUUCAGUCAGGAAAUUGACAUCAGACCGUACGUGGAAAAGUUCUGAGCAAGCAAGCGGCACUGGAGACUUUGAGAUAGAUCCACGUCAUGAUUGAAUGUAACCACCAGUAAUCUCUAGCCUCUCUCUACGUAGCCAAAGAUCCUCAAUAUAUCCCCAUUGGUAGUCUCACGAGUACUCAACUUAGGAAGUUGAUGUGCACAUUACGUACGUAGUCAUACUUCAUUGAUUUGAGGUGUGAGAGUAGACGGAUCUGCCACCGUGGUUUGGCGUAGCAUGGGCACGGCCGCCGGAUGAACCUGGUCUUCCAGGUGCUCGGAAUCGGCCUGUUUCGUGGUGAUGCUCGCAGCCUCGGGCGCAUACAAGAAGGUUUCUCCUCUGUUAGGAAGCUCAAGAUCCGGACGCCUCGGCAGCUACCGGUUCUGGUACCACUGGUGGAACAGGGCCACCGUUGAUGGCAGCCAAACGUUCCUCUUCCCUCUUCUCGCGAAGAGCAGCGGUCUCGGCACGCAGCUUCUCCAAGUUCCACAUUCCAUCGUCUUCUUCAUCAUCGUCGUCCUCCUCCUCAUCGUCCUCGGUCGUGCGCCAGUUGCCACUUUCGAACAGGGCACGACCAGUUGCUUCCUUGGCCUUCUUGGCCUGCUCCUCAGCCGCCUUCUUGUCCAGACGCUCCUUCUUCCAUUUGGCGAAUGACUCCGGCGUGACCGGUGUAAGAGUGCCGGUAAGUUUGUGUCGCUCUGACUCGAGGAAGUCUUCCAAGGUAAGGGUCUUAAGAGGUGACUUGUCCAUGAGGGCCUUUUCAGCUGCUCUCUGCUCCUUGGUCUUCAAAAUGAAUCUGUGACAAUGUUAGCAUGAAAACUGACCGCUGAACUGAUGUCACUUACCCUGGUGGAAGAGCAUGCUUGUAUUUGCACUUGUCGCCGCCAUUUGGACAGAUCCAAAACCAUCCGUAUUUGCCGUCCUCGAUAGCCUCGACGAAGAACUUGCAGACCUUGUCGGUUGUGGUCUGCUGGUUGCCCUUCUUGGAAAGAACAACAGAGCGAAGCUUCUCCUCGUCCCAGUCGGCAGAAGUCUCGGCCUUCUUCUUCUCCUCCUCUUCCUUGCGAGUAUCCGUGUACAGGUUCUUCUUUGACGUUUUGCGUUCGUCUUCGAGGUUGUGAGAGAACUUGCACUUCUUGCCUUUCUCACAGUUGCCCUUCUUGUAAAAGUUGCAGACAACUGUCUUGGGGUCGACACCGAACGGGACUUUUUGGAUCUGUGCGGGCUUGUUCAGAAGCAUAUCGGUCUCCCUCUUGGCUUCCUCUGCCGCCUUCUUCUCACGCUCUCUCGCCUCCUUCUCUGCCUGCUUGCGCUUCUCUUCGGCACUGCCACCAUUCCUCAUCGAAGACGCCAUUUGGGCAAUCUGCUUCUGGGCCGCGCCACCCUUCUUAUUUUUCAUGCCGAAGGUCUUGUCCUCGACCUUGACGGCCUUCUUGGCCGGCUUGUCCACUUUCUUGGGAGGCAUCUUGGCGGGGUAUUCGGUUUCUGGAGACGAGAAAAGGUUGGUGGGCAGAAGCAAAAGUCUUCUGCUACGACUGAGCAACCGCUUCUGGCGGGAUUACUUAGGCUCGUGUUGUUGUGGGAUGUCGACAGACAAGUCGAUAGGGUCCGCUCAGAUCGACGUAACGCAAAAAGUCAUCACUGCAAAUCCAAG